AUGAGGAACAACAUUAUAAAAGCCUAUGGCAUUCUGCUAUGUAGAGUCCUGUACAGUGGAACAAGAAAACUUUUAGAUGAUAAUUCAAAAAUUCAGUUUUUAUUUUUAAAGGCAUCGUACGGUAAAAAACAUUGGACUCCUCCAAAAGGUCUGCACGAAAAUAACGAAGAUGGGUUAGACACUGCCCUCAGAGAAACGCUGGAGGAAACGGGACUGGAUAAGGACAAGUACAAGUUACUAAAUUAUCAAAAGACUCUAAAAUAUAUGGUCGAUGAUAGUUUAAAGGAGACCACCUAUUAUCUGGCGCUUCUGCUGAACAACGAGGAAUGCAUCACUUUAUCAGAUGAACACACGGAUUAUAAGUGGAUCCACAGUGACGAGUCUGUCACGUAUUCCCUCCCCGAGUCUCUAACCGAUUUGCUCAUAAACGCCGAGGAUUUUUUGAAGAACAACGGAGAGAUGAUCAUGUCGUAA